AUGAAGAUCGGCACAGGCUACUCGACGCAGACCUUCCGCCAGCUGUGCGAGGUGAAUUAUCCCUCGGGCGCGGCCUACGGAAACCCGGCGCUGUAUGAUAUUCUCAAGGUGUAUGUCUCGACGUUUGAGGAGUGCAUGGUACUGUGCGCGGCGCAUAACCAGGCGUAUGGGAGUAAUCUUGCGAGCGGGGAUGUCAAGGCCGGGGGCUACUGCCGGUCUGUCGCUAUGAUUAAGUUGCCCGGAGAGUAUUGUUACCUCAAGAAUGGUACUGGCAAGAUGGACACGCAGGGGCAUGCUCAGGAUUUUGUUAGUGGUGUCGUUAUUUCUGGGCUGCCGGAUGCGUAG